AAAGAAAAAACAUAUAAGUGUGAGGCUUGCAACAAGACUUACAGUCAACAGGAAGCUGGUGAUACACCGGAAAAUGGAAUGUGAAUACAAGUGGUGACCAGAUAAUAACCAGACACCUAAGGAUGGCAGUAAAGAGAUGUCUGAAAAAGUAUCUGAAAUAUGGAAAUGCUUCACUUGUGAAGUGUGUAGUAAGAAAUUCCCUUUUAAACGUGAACUAUUGACACAUAUGAGGAUUCAUACAAAGGAGAAACCUUUUAAGUGUAAGGUAUGUGCUACACCAUUUGCUAGGAGAUCUGAUAUAAGUAACCACAUAAAGACACAUACAAGGGAAAGACCUCAUGUAUGUGAUAUAUGCAGUAAAGGAUUCUCCAGGAAAUCUCAUCUUGAGGGACACAUCAGAAGAGUACAUCUAAAGGAGAGGCCUUUCAAGUGUGAGAUAUGUAAUAAAAGCUUCUUUCAGAAUUCACAUCUUAGGGAUCACAUGUUACUUCAUACAGAAAAGGAUCCCUUUAAGUGUAAGAUUUGCCAUAAAAGUUUCUCUCAGAAAAAUGGUCUGAGGUUGCAUAUGCGAAGACAUGAAGGAGUUAAGUCAUUUAUCUGUGAGGUAUGCAGCAAAGCCUUCUUGACCAAACAAGCAUUAGCAGUACAUAUGAGAGUACAUACAAGGGAGAAGCCCUAUACUUGUGAGGUAUGCAAUAAGUCAUUUAGAGCUCUUUAUACUUUCAAAAAACACAGUAGACUGCAUAUUAGAGAGAAACAGUGUGUGUAAAACGGGUUGUAUAUGUAUAUAUAUGUAUAUACAUAUUCAUA